AUAUGUUCCAAAUCGUGUUAGCACUUCUCCAAAAAUACUUGUGCAAUCGCAAAAGUAUUGACGCCAUGUCCCCAUUAUAUAUAUGUAUAUAUAUAUAUAUAGGGGUGCUUCUGAAGAAAGCAUCGCAGUUCUUCGGAGAACGUCUAUAGCUAUAAAAAUGAUGCGAUUUGUUAUACUUGGAACAUUGAUUGUUUUAUCUACGGCUCAGUUUCAAUCUACUAGAAGAAUUUUAGAAGCACCAAUCGCUGCGCUUUGUUCACAAAGGGUUAUUCAUGAACGUUUCAAUGGCAAAGGUUAUUACUAUUCAUGGGCUGAUCCAAGAACAAAUGGACAAGAACUUGAUUGGUUAGCAGGUAGAAAUUUCUGUAGGCAACGAUGUAUGGACCUUGUUUCCCUGGAGACUUCUACCGAAAAUGAGUUUAUUAAAAGUCGCAUUGUGCAAAACAAUGUGAAAUAUAUUUGGACAUCUGGUCGGCUUUGUGAUUUCAAAGGAUGCGAUAGACCCGAUCUUCAACCUCUUCAUAUUAAUGGUUGGUUCUGGACUGCAGAAUUACAAAAGCUUGCGCCUGCUAAUGAUCGCGCUAAUAAUGAUUGGUCCGAAAGUGGAGGUAUUGGAAAACCACAACCUGAUAAUCGUGAAGCUAUACAACAAGGAGGUGCACCAGAAAAUUGUUUAGCAGUAUUAAAUCAGUUUUAUAAUGAUGGAGUAAAUUGGCACGAUGUUGCUUGUCAUCAUAAGAAACCAUGGGUGUGUGAAGAUAAUGAUUCUUUACUGAGAUACGUUCACUUCACCAAUCCUAAUAUUCGUACUUAAAAUAUGUAAGGUAUAAUUUAUAGUUUUAUAAUAAAUUAUAUAAUUAUAAUUAUUCAA